GUCUUAGGACAGAAGACUGGUGGAAGUGGUUUGCCUUAUUUAAGUAAGAUUAGUAAAAAAUUCAGAGAGAAAUAGCUAUUUGCAUUGGGCCUUGAAGGGCUUCAUAAUGUUGAAGGGAAGGCAUCCCGACAGGGGAAACUCAUAAAUGCCAAAGCCCAGAAGAAUGAAAAGAUGGGCACUUCAGGGUCCCUUUAGCAUCUGUGUGGUUGGAGAAAGUAUAUAGGAAUGAGGUGGGGAUCAGAGGACACUGGUAAGACCCCCAGGACUUGAAGGAGACCAAAAGGGUCCUUCACAGUUAUAGUCCCUUCAGUCUCCUAGCUGCUCGUCCUUUUUUCCAGAGCCAUGCACAAUACAUAAACAUCCUUAAAGUUCUGGAUGGACUCUCCUUUGUCCCUGUUUCUCUGCACCACUCCCUACUUGCCUGGUGAUGUUUCUCUUAUACUGAAAGAAAAUGGAUCUUAUCACUGAGGACUUGUGACCUGACUGCUUGGAGGAAUAAAGGUUACCAGCUGUGUAAAUGAGUAUGGAAGAUUAUGAUUUCCUGUUCAAAAUUGUUUUAAUUGGCAACGCUGGUGUGGGGAAGACGUGCCUAGUCCGACGGUUCACUCAGGGUCUUUUCCCCCCAGGUCAAGGAGCAACAAUUGGAGUUGAUUUUAUGAUUAAGACAGUGGAGAUUAAUGGUGAAAAAGUAAAGCUCCAGAUCUGGGACACUGCAGGUCAGGAGAGAUUUCGUUCUAUUACACAGAGUUAUUACCGAAGUGCUAAUGCCUUGAUCCUUACCUAUGACAUUACCUGUGAGGAAUCCUUCCGUUGCCUUCCUGAGUGGCUGCGGGAGAUAGAACAAUAUGCCAGCAACAAGGUCAUCACUGUUUUAGUGGGAAACAAGAUUGACCUGGCUGAAAGGAGAGAGGUCUCCCAGCAGAGAGCAGAAGAAUUCUCAGAAGCUCAGGACAUGUAUUAUCUGGAGACUUCAGCCAAGGAAUCUGAUAAUGUGGAGAAACUCUUCCUUGACUUAGCAUGCCGACUUAUCAGCGAAGCCAGACAGAACACACUGGUGAACAAUGUAUCUUCACCCCUCCCUGGAGAAGGGAAAAGCAUCAGCUAUUUGACUUGUUGUAAUUUCAACUAACAGCUGAGGCAAGGAGAAGCAAAAGGAAUCAGCAGCUGCCCCGAUGGGCCACGAGUUGCUGGGGAGAUCAGACGAUGACUGUGGCUCCUGGUCUGGGACCCUCUGACUCCUGUGGGCUCCUGAGCUUACAAAGCAUGGCAGGCCAAGGGCCUCGUCCACAGGCCAGCAUUAGCAGAACACAUAACGGUUUCAUCCUUUUGCAGUCUGGAGUUAGAGUGAGAAGAAAAUUGCACUAGGCGCUCCAUGAUCUGCAGAGCAUGUUGCUUUUGUUUUUUUUAAAAAGCAAGUAAAAGCGCAUUCCUGAACACAGUCUAGGGGGAAGCGUACUAUAGAGAUUCCUCCUGUACAUCAGUAAGCGCAUGUGGGGGCUGUUCUUUAGGGCUUCAAUGAUGAUAUUCUGGUGGCCCUGGUUUUCUUGUCUACCAGGUAAACCAAAACUGGGAAGGCCAAGUACUCUCUGUGGUGUGUAAUGAUGACCCCAUGGAGAUUCUGAAAAGUGUUAUUUCUUUUGUCCACAGGCACUUUCAAGAACUUUCGGAUGUAAAAAUUAUAUGAAACCUUUACCCAUGACCAACAAAAACAAUCAUUGUUUUAAUUAUAUGUAAGCUCCAUGACUCCUUUUGGUGCUAAUGAUUCUGCUAUUUCACAGACCAAACAUUUUAGUACAUUGAUGUCCUUAAAUGUAUUACACAGAAAUAAAAAAAAAAAAUGGGGGAAUUCCAUGAAUCGGCACUCUUUUUCAAAGUCUCAUUACUAUCUUUUCUAGAAUGAAUUUCUAGGAAGAGAAUACUUUUUCUUUCAUGUUCCCCUUCAAAUCUCUAAAUUUUCUUCUCUAAUCUUUCCUGCCCUUUAAGUAAAAGUUUGAAAAUUAAAAAAAUAUAAAUGACUGAUGAUAUUCUACUAUAAAAGAUAAUUUCUUAGACAUUACUAAUAGUGUGAGAAAACAGACAAGAUAUGACCAAAAUACUGUGGAUUAAUGGACUGCAGAACAGGAUUCCAAGCAGAGCACAGUCCUUGAUAACAGGUCACAUCUUUUACUUUCUGGUACUAUCCUUCUUGGACAAACCAAGGCUUAGGAUUUUUGUAGAUAUUUUUAGCAAAAGUACGAGUAGCAACAGAUGAAAAGCCUCACAAAUCAUUUUUGUAUCUUUAAUAACCUUAAAAAAAUUCUGCUAUGGAAGCAGGUUGAGCUGUCAUUUAUCAUCUCUUUAUAAUAAGGUUACUCUCAGACUCAUGAAACUUCCUGUUUCUUUCUCUUUUCCUCUCUGUCUUGGUCUCCCCUUUUGGUCCUCUUUUUCUUCCUUCCUGAUAUGCAUGUGUUACUCCUCCAAUUCAAAGGAGGUAUAUAUGCCUUUACUUAGCCAGUUUUAAAAGAGGACUCAAAAUGCAAGAUGUGCUGCUUAAUCUGUGUUGCUGUUUCUUCAGUGCCAUACUUUGAUACUUUCCAAUUUGUUCACUGAUAUAAAUGCAAAUUGGGAAAGUAAUUAAACCUGAAUGCUAUUGAUGCUGUCAGAUGUUUCUGUAGCUUGCUGCUUAGCAUAUCUGAUUGAUGCUAAGUAAUGGAAUAAGGGUAUGACAUGUAAUUCUGCUGUUGCUGGAGAUGGUAACAAUCUCGGUCCUGAUAUGUUGAUGUUUGAAAGCUAUUUAAUUAUAAAGAAAUGAGUCAUGUAGAACACAGUAUUGAUAAAGCAUUUUUAGCAUUUCUCUAUCAGGUUUCAGCAUGACCAAUCUCUUGCACAUAGAAUUACAUAUAUCAUUAAGAGACUGAUUCUUCUGAUUGGCCUCACUGUGUUUUUCAUGAUUCUAUGGGAAAGAAGAGCAGAUCCCAGAAGCUUGAACUUUCUUUUAGAAUCUGUCUCUACAGAAGAAAAAAAAACUUUAAUAAAAACUCAAAUUAUUUAUAAUUAUUGCCUUUCCCUCCUCAUCUUUUCCACUAAGUCAGCAAUUAAAGUAUCAAAAAAUAAGUUAAUCAAGGUGGGCAGAACCUAUUUUUUAAACUGCAAGAUAAUGUUCCUAAAUCUGGAUUUAUUACUUUUUUGUUGGCAAAAUUCCAAUGUCCCCAGCAUGUGAUGACCCGGCUUCAUCUCACAGUAGCAAGUAUGUUAAAAAUAAAGUUGCUUUGCAAACUUAAAGGGCUUUGUUGGAUUGGACUAAUUUAGUUCCAAAAUGACAGCUUCUUGGGCCACAUUUGUAUUAUGGAAAUCUUAUUCCCUAGGGUUUGGUUAAACCUCUCCAUAUACCAUUGGUCAGACUCAGAAUGAGAUUAGAGUGUUUUCUUGGCCUUUUUUCUUUCUUGGUACCUUCUAGUCUUCUGUAGCUUAUAGUCACCCAUCCAUGGCCUGUCAACAGGGACACAUGAGAAUGUGGGGCUUUGUUUUUCUUAGUUCUGUGAAUUUCAGAUUAGGCCUUAUGGACAUUUGUCCACCAAUGUAUCUCAAGUUUGAGAAUAAGCUCUGACAGGUGCAAUAAAUAUCAAAUAAAUGAUUUAGUGCUAUGAGGGACUUUUUUGUUGUUGUUCAAUAACUACUCCUUCAAGUAGAACUUGAGAAAAAUACAAUUAAAUUAAGUCAUAUUAACUUAGGCCAGGACCUAAACUUACUGGUUUGCCUAAUUGUUCUUAUUGUUAGGGCAAUAUUUGCUGAGAUGAGCCUUCCUUAGGGCGAAAAAAUCAAAUUCUUAUUUAAUAGUAGAUUUAAAAAACAAAAACCAAAAAAGUUUCUUUAUUGUAGUUUAGUUUGGCUUGACUCUGACAACUAAGACCAGAGUCUAUGCCUUUCAUUGUUGGUAAGAUCUUUUCCUUCUUUUAAUAAAGUUAUUAAAUAAUUAGCAAAACUCUUUUCAGCUUCCAAUGAAAACAUCUUCCUGUUAUAGAAUUAGACUUGGGAAAAUCUAUGAAAUCAUAAUUUGCUGUUAUCAAUGACAUGGCUUUGUAUAAAUAAAUCCUCAAAGGAUUUCAUGCCUUUUCCUUUGCCUACGCAAGACUUUUUGCUCCUUUGUAUACUUCCAUUAUAUCUGUUGAAUUAUAUUAACAUUUAAUUUGUGAUUAUAAAAGGCCAAGUAUCUGUACAUUAUUUGGGUUAAGUCAGUGGUUUUUCCUAGCUUUUCUUUUUCCAAUCUUUUGGUCAUUUUCAUUAGAAUCUCUCCUUGAGUAAAGUGGCAAGGAAAUAACUGAAAAUGAAACUCAAUUUGAUUGAUUUGAAAACAUGUCAAGUUCUGAUUUAGGAUUUGAUAAGAAGGUAGAUGCUACUGACCAAAAUAAGGUAUUUGGAUUAGGAUCAUUUUAGACUUGUUGGAGGAAGGAACAGAUUCAACAUAGAACUGGAAUCUCUCUUUCUUCUUCUGUUCAUGAAUACAUGCCUUGGGAGGACACUGGUGACCCCCACAGUGCUAGGUUAAUUAUUUGCCUCAUCUAUCCUUUAAGCUGUCCCAUAGUUCCUCCAGAUCCAGCAUCAAAUUUCAGUUAAUUACUCACUCUGAAUACCAGUUGCAAGCUGGGCAUGGUGGCACAUGCCUGUAAUCCCAGUGGUUUGGGAGGCUGAGACAUGAGGAUCUCAAGUUCAAAGCCAGCCUUAGCAACAGAGGGGUGCUAAGCAACUCAGUGAGACUCUAUGUCUAAAUAAAAUACAAAAUAGGGCUGGGGAUGUCACUCAGUGAGCAAGUGCCCCUGAGUUCAAUCCUCGUUAUAAAACAAACAAAAAAAUAAAACAAAAAUAACCAGUUGCAAAUGAUUUUGAACUGGUCUUGUGAUUAAACUUUUUUUUCUUUUUUUUUUUGGUAAACUAAGCCACAGAAUGAGAUGUCAUCUAUAAUAAUAAUAAAAAAAACUGCUUCUUUUCCUCCAUGUAUCAUAUUAAUGGCCUUAAAGAUAGACGUGUUCUAUUUUCUUAACCUUAUAGAAUUUGUGUAUUUCAUGGUCAUAUAUACUUAGGGAUCACUUCUUCAUUCAUUUCUGGAAGAGGUUUAUUUAGGAUUUGCCAUUUCUUUUUUCUAGAAUUUUUGUUUUAACUGCAACUGGUUACUUUCCUCAGUUAUGAUUCUCACAGGUGUGUUUUGAUGUAACUGUAAGACUUUAGAAUUAACUAGAGAAAAGCACUGAAAAAAAUUUUGCAUCUCAUCUUUCUGACAAAUGUAUUCCGACUAAGCAGUAUUGUUAAACACUAAUUUUAACAGCAAAGAUAUAGGAUCUAUUUUCUUUGGAUUUCAUUUCUGACAAGAGCCUCUUUUGUAUUUGAAAAGAAAGCUGCCUUCUGCUACAUUGUACACUCUGAUAAUUUCUUCAUACUGAGUUAAGAAAUACCUUCAAAACACUAACUAAAAUAGUAAUGUUAGAAGAGGAGAAAUGGCACUUCUUUCUGAUGUCCCAUGAUGUUGAAAUGUUAUAAUCAUUCCUAGGAGCCAUACUUUGAAAUUAAAAACAAAUUGAGGCAUAACCAGCUUGUGAAGGAACUUAAAAUUUAAGACAUUUGAAGAAUAAUUGAGGGAUUUGGGGGGAGGUGGAUACAACUAGUCUAUUAUAGCAAGAUACUCUGUAGUUCAAAAAGGUAGAAUAAGGCCCACGGAAUAAAGGUUACGGAGCCACUGGUUUAGGCUCUAUUUCAGGGAGAAAGGGGCCACAAUACCUUCAAGCAAUACCUUCUGUCAAGCAGAGCACAGAUAAGAACUGAGCAAAGAGAAUGUGGAGAAGAUUCAAGCAUUGAUUAGAAGUUUGACUAAAUGACUAUGAACUUAAAAUUCUACAUUACAGUACUUUUCUCCUCAUAACAUGUUUAAUUAAGUAUCUUUUGACCCAUGGCUAAUACUUUUCUUAAAAAGGCUUUCUUCUUCUGCCACAAAUAUAUUCACCCUUCAGGGAAGAGGUUGGUUAUGUGUUGUUAAGCCAAGAGGCUGAUCUGCAGCUGGGAUUGGCUUGCCAGUCCAUUCACCAGUGUCCUGUUGAAACCACAAACUAGUUGUUAAGUUAAAAAAGGUAUUAUUUUUGUAAGUUAUAUGGAAAUUGUAUCAGUGUAAUGAUAAUGAUCUCUUCAGGAUUUUAGGAUAGGCAUUUUUAACAGAGCAGAAUCUUCCAUUUAAGAUCCCACAAAAUAAAACAACAUUAAGUUUUUCAGCUUCUGUGAGAUGGACUGGUGAGUCAUUGGCAUAAAGCAGUCCUUGGGAUCUCAACUAACAUUUGGUGGGUUUCCUUGAUUCUUUUGAAAGUGAGUUUUAAAAACCUGAGGCCAAAUUGCUCCAUGUAUAAAGUAACAAAGCAUAGGCCUUUGCUUUUAAAUGAGAUAACUCUAAGCAAUUUUUGCUAAUAAAGCCCAUCACCCAAAUGAUUCCACCUACAAAAUAACUUGUACUCUUGCUAGGCUGAAUAAUAGCUUUUCAUUGGUUUAAAAACCAACAAGUCAUUGGUCUUGAAUCAGUAUGGGGAGAAACAUACUUGAGUUUGGGUAAGCCUUCCUCUGACUCCUUUGGAUAAGAGGUCAGAACACAAAGGCUAGCCCCCACUAAUUUGGCCUACUGAGACGUACAAGUCAAAAUGUUAUGUUCCCAUUAGCUUAAAGCAGAAUUUUGAAGAUGCUGUGUUCUAGUUCCUGAUUAAAUCCUUUGUAGGUGAUGACUCUGACAUUUUAAAGACUGAGGUAGGGAGAUGUAUAGAAGGAGAACACUAAUUUAGGUGAGAGGGGCUCUAAGAUGCAUAAAUUAGCUGUGACUUUAGACAAAGCACAUAAUCUUGAGAAAAUAUAGAUCUAUCAGCAUUAUUGUGAACAUUAGAUGAGAUAAAUUGAAAUCAGAGUGCUCAGUAAACAGUAACCACUCAACUAUUAGUUCUGUCUUCCUUUCUUAAGAUUUUGGAGCUGGGCAUGGUGGCAUGUGUCUGUGAUCUGAGCUAUGUGAGAGGCUGAGGCAGGAUGUUCACUUUAAGAUCAUCUGGGGAAACUCAAAAAAGAUUUUGAAUGGUGUGAUACAAGCAUAGAUCCUUCAGAGACAAAACCAAAAAACCUUCCUGGCUUAAAAGAAAACAAUUCCAUUUUUGAUUUCCUUAAAAGAAAAUCACUUAUUUGAUCUGCUUUUGGGCAUUAUUGUCACUGUUUCUUUAUAUACUUCUGCAAAGAUAUAUUCUUUCAAUAGGCAAUUGCAGGGUUGUAAACUCCUUCUUAUCAGGAAACUUAAUCUUAGAACUGAAAUACCUCACAGUGCAAUUUAAACCUCUUUCCUCUUUGAUCCCAUUCUCCAUGGUAAGAAAAAUGGGUUGAUCCCUUUCUUUUUAAGGAGACACAUUUGCAACUUAUUAUUGCUCUUUUUGCCUAACUUUACUUAAAUAAUGGUAAAAGCUCAUUAAGGUGAUAAUCAUUCUUCCCUUCAAUGUCAGGAAAGUUUUUGUUAAUUCUUAGCUGCUUCUUCCACUUUCCCCAGUAUUGGGGAUUGAACCCAGGGCUUCAUGCAUGAUAGUAAAGCACACUACCAUUAAGCUACACCCCCUGCCCAACUCUUAGCUUCUUAUUGAUAUCAGAUUUAGAUCUUAAUCUUUAUGUUGAUCAACUCUUCAGUUAUACAUGUAUUUUUCUUCUUUAGUUAUAUAAUUGAUAACAAAGUAUGCUUCUGAAGAAUAAUUCUGGUUGUAUGGCUUGUUUCCAUCUCUUGGUAAAAUGGAGUCAUGAAUACCCGUUUUGGGAUCUGCUUUAAGAGUUAAUUUCAUAUGAGACAAUAUUUGAUGAAUGUAAUUACCAGUACCCAAAAGGGUAACCCCCUUUCUAUGCGUGCACUAUGUUCUGAAAUAAAAGUUGGAGUACCAAAUGCCUAAUAAAGCAAAAAUUCAUAUACAGAAAAACACAAGGUAAGAAUCUGAUCAGAUAACAUAAUUUACUAGUUGGCUGAAUGGUGCACAGCUUUUGUUUAAGGUUACACUAUAUGCCUGAUUCAAUAACAAUAGUAAAUUUGAUAAGCCCUCUGAAAAACAGCUGCUAAUCAUAUUGCAUUCUGGAAUGUAAUCAUUAGGAAUAAGUAUUCUCUUGUUCUAUGUAAUUACAGAAUGCUAAUGGAAAUUUCUUAUAGGUUAUUUGAUAAAUGAAUGUCAAAUGAUUUCUUUAAACAAUUAAAAAAAUUCUUAUCCCCUUAAGUCUUUUGGGGUUUUCAUGUCCCUGUUGUUAAAAAAAACAAAUCAAAUGACUGGAAUGCUGGCUUCUAAUUUCUACUCACUGAAGUGUCCUCUAGACAUAUCACAUGGUUAGAGCUCUUGAUGGUAUACAAAGGAGCUGCAUAAAUGUAUUUGUACUAGUGCAUGAGUAAAAUUUGUUUUCAGCUAAAAAAAAUCCACUCUGCUAAAAAAUUCAGCUAAUAAAGAAUUAAGAAGAGUUUUGAUAAUCUAAAGGGGAAAAGUGUGCCCUAUAUAUUGUUGCACACAUUUUAAUGCAUGACUUUUAGUAUAGGGAUGAAAUAAAAUUCAAAAAUACAAUUCUGGAGAUCUCAGCAGCUAGUUAAAAAUAUUUAGAGAGUCUGCUUUAUGAAGACUUAGAGAUUCCUUGAUUUCCCCCUUCUAUCUUUCCAUUAAAAUGUGGAUCUUUAAUAUACACAAUUUUAACACAGGUUAGUCAUUGAGUUUUAUGAACUCAAUUCUUAAUAUUUGGCUAUUGGUUUUAUACAUAGGAUCUAAGUAAAAUCUGUAUACAUCAGCAUAUAGAAUCUAAUAAGCUUCAAUAUAAACAUAGUAAUUGUUUAUAAUGCUAAUAUGCAAAUAUUAACGGUACAAUGUAUAUUUUAUGUCCAUGUAUUAAUUUUUUUUACUUAACAAAAAAAGCCUGUUAGAAAUAUAAGCCACUGAUGACCUGAGGCAAUUAGCUGAAAACAUUCUGUAGAAAAAUGAUUUAUUGCAAAUUCACUCAACAUUUUUUUAAAUAAUAAAUUGUUGAUGGUCCUUUA